AUGUCUACUCCAGGGCCUGCGUCAGAUGCGGCGUUCGAGGCGGCCGUCAACGUUGCAGAUGAGAUCGAAGUCGCGCUGGACAGCACGCCGGGGCCCGACGAUGAUCUAGAACUCGACCCCCUGGACCGUCCAAGCCCCAGCGACUCGCAGCAGGACCGAGUUCAGGAAUCUCCAGAGGUGCAGGCGCAGCUGCAGUCACAGCCUGAGCAAACAUCCGAGAAAGACAAGACCAGAAAGAAGAACGGAGACGGAGAUGGCGACCGAGAUGCUAGCGCUGGGGUCGUUAAUGGGCGCGGGCGGCGUUCGCGAAGCAAUUCUGAAAGCGAGAAGAGCCACGAUCGUGGGAGCGAGCGAGCGAGCGCAUAA